UUUCCUCCAAUCCUUCUAUAAGUACAGCUGACUCCCUGUGAUGCCCAAUCGCUCUCUGAUCCAGACCUUGACCUCCAGGUGACUCUCAGCCAUGAGGACCCUCGCCUUCCUUGCCGCUGCCCUUCUCCUCUUGGCCCUCCAGGCCAAUGCCAAGUCCCUCCGAGAGACAGACGACCAGGUUCCUGCCCAAGACCUGCCUGAAGCCCUGGACCAGGAAGAGCUUGAGGCCGAGGACCAGAACCAGCCCGGAGCCAAACGCCAAGACGUGUCCAUCUCCUUUGGAGCACCUAAUCGCCUCGUUCAAGGUGCCUCAGGCCUUCGGAGAAUAACUGUCUGCUACUGCAGAUCUAACUUCUGCAGUUCUCCUGAGGUAUACUCUGGGACCUGUACCUUCAAUGGCAUCCGAUACUUUCUUUGCUGUCAGUGAGCUUUGCAGACUGAGAUCCAAAACGGUAGAAGAUUCCCCUGGAAGACCUGAAAGCAUUUACACUUUCUUCCUUGUACCUUUUCUUGUUUCUGUCUCCAAAAUAAAUUUCAAGCAUUAAA